AUGUCUUCAAGCACUGCGACCGCUUCACGCGCUUCAAGCACCUACAUGACUAUCUAUCAUCAGUACAAGAAGACAUUCGGAGUCGUGGUCACAUGGCUGGUAGUGGCCGACCGUGAUUGCAAGCGCUAUGCCGCGGGUGAUACGGAGCUUGGUAUGUGCCAACUUGUGGGCCUGGCUCGUAACAUUGUCGAGCGGAAGUAUGCCGACCGUGUACCUCUGGCUGCUCUUCAGAGCCUUCGGUGGCUCCUGGAAAUUCGCGCGGCCCGCGACAGGUUCUUCUCUCGCGAUGGCGACUCGGAAGUGAGCAGACGUCAUUGGGAGUGUUUCAGAAAUCUCGUAGCCAUCUACCAGACCCUCAAGCCGAUCAUUCCUGACAUUGAGUGGGAGGACUAUGGCAGUGUUGAGAUGGAGGAACGCAUCACGCGAAUCUAUGGUGAGGAUCUGGACGUCCCCGUAGAGUCUAUAGCAGGGUUACAGGUGAGAAUCCCAAUCAACGAGUAUCUGGACGCUCGAUUCACGGUGAUCCUCGUGCUGGAAGAUCUGUGGAGCAUCCGUGACCGGGUUGUGCGGGCCUGGACGGAGUAUCGGGACGGGGGUUUUGUUCAACUCGAGGCCCCUUCCCUCAUCACCGAUAGCGGGAUGGACAUUGCGCAGCAUCUGUUGCGGUAUGCACUCGGCCAUCUCGACGAGGCACAUCAGGUGUGGAACCCCGGUAACUCCGAUCUGAAUCUGAUCCUGGAUGAAAUUCUGAUUCGAGGUGACCAGGAUGCGCGCGGUUGGCACCACAUGCUGAAGGACUGGCAGUUUAUAAAUGUUGCCCUGCGAGAUCUGAUGACUCGAUGGGACUGGCGGGGCGAGGACGACACGCUGCUGCACCGGCUGCCUCCCGACCUGGAUUUCAGUGAACCGCCAGAGCAGAUGACCGAUACGGAUCGGUGCACGAUGGUGGCGUUGCUUCUGGAGGAGUUUAUACGUGAACGCAGCCUCUAUGACAGGAUGCACCCCACCGACAACCAUGGGGUCGUCGAUUCAUUGUCGUUUCUGUGGAAACGCGCGCUGGACGCCGGUUCAGUCAACUUGGAACUGAUUUUCGCCGCCUAUCUUUACGUGGAAGUUCGGCAGGUGAUGGGCAAGGAGGUGGGACAGGCGUUUGCACAGUACCAGAAGUGGGCCGACUCCGCGAUGAAGCAGAUUGAAUCACUGGUGAAGCUGGGCAAGCCCCCCGGUGAGUUGGAGGAUGUGCUGAUGGAGAUCAGGAAUGUGGUCUGGAAAGACAAUGUCAACAUCAAGCGGAUGUGGCUGGGUCUCCCCGCCCAACGACGCUUUGGCUUCUUUUCCUGCCAUCCGUAUAGUUGCGGGCAGAUCUAUUGGUACUAUCGGACGAAGUUGUAUCGAACCUUCCUGGAUCUGGCCACUGAUUCGUGCGCUUUACUGGGGAUGAUCCACCUCUACAACGCCGCGGCAUGCGAGAAUGCCCUACCCACGGGUUGGACCUGGCCGGAGUUGGAGCAGCUCAUUCGCCUUCACACCCCGAUGUUCAUGGGGGGUAAGCCUCCCACCGAGCGUUCAUCGUACGCCCCGUCGCUGACAUUCAGUUGCCAGGAGCGAGAACGACGCCGCCCCUGGGUUCCCCACGGUGAUGUUCCUAUCAUGACUGAGAUCUUUCGCAUGCUUGAUGAAGAAGGGGGGAACCCAGCUCGCAUCGAUCGUAUCAUUUCGGUGUCGCAAUCAGUCGCGGCCGGGCAGCGUGCGAUGAGAAGGUGGCCAAGCGUGGGAGUGGUCCUGUCGCAGUUGUUAGAUAAUCUCAACAGCGAGGUAUCCGUCCUCGACAUGCCCUGGUUCCAGUACCUGCACGAUUCCAUGAAGAUCUACAUGCAUCUCUACGAGCAGAUCAAGGACGUUCGCCGAUCCCCGGAAAUGACCGGAGAAGAACGCCCAGUUGGGGUCGCUUUUGCCGUUCUCAAGCACCGCCAUCAAGUCCGGUUGCUACGCAAGGCUGGUGUGAUCAUGAAGCAGGUUGUUGGGCCGAAUUAA